AUGGCGAACAAAACAAGUCGAUUUGAAGAUAUGCCAAAUGAAUUAUUGUAUGAAAUCCAACUAUAUCUAAAUGCUACUGAUUUAUUCGACGCUUUUUCAAAUCUGAACUCUCGUUUCGAUGCUCUACUCAAUUCAGCAACUAAUCUUCAUUUCGAAAUCUAUUCAACUGUUGUUGAACAACGAGCAUCAAUAAGUUUAUUCGCAUCUCGUAUAACAAGCAUUUACAUUCCAUAUGAUAGUGACGCUGCUUCAAUAGCAACCGUAUAUCCUAAUAUCCGUGCCAUCACAUUUCAACGGGCAAUUCGACUCAUUCCUUCGACGUUAUCGACUGUUGAACACAUUAAACUCGACUUAUCGAUGAUCCGACCGAAACAUGUGACUUAUCUUUGUUCGACAAUCUUCUCGUCAAAUUUCCCUCGUCUAUCUUCAUUCUACUUAUUACAUCGAAAAUCCAACGUUGCUGGUCAUUGGAAACCAUUGAUGAGAUCGCUCGAACAACGAUGCUUCACACUAAAUGAGUUUAUUUACGAUCUUCGGCCAACGACGGAAUGGAAGAUAGUCGAACAGUUUCUUCAACAUAUGCCAAAUUUACAACGACUUUGCAUUAGGCAAUUGAAUACACGUGUGCGCUGGACAUUGGAAGAUAUUGCUCGAACGUUACAAACCCGUCCAAUUACAAACAGUACUUCAUACAAUCAUUGUCAAUCCAAGAAUAAAUUGGCACUGUGUAAUGUUGCUUCAAUUGAAAAGGAAACAAACGCAAUAAGAAUAACACCAGUGGAUGGUUUCAAAAGAGUUAAAUAUGCCAAUAAUUCGACAAAUUCAAUCGUAAUUGAACCGAUGGUUUGA